AUGCGGAGGUAUUUCUUCACAGAUGAUAAGAGCUGGGAGAAGCAGGAACUAGCUAACAGUAGUGGUCGUUUGGAUGUUGGUUCCUUGUACACAGGAGGAACUACAGUUUCGCCGGAACAUGAAGACUUCAGAACAGACUGGUAUCGCGAUGAUGCGCGGAAGUGGUAUAGACGCUCUCGGAAUGCUCAAGGUAGUUCAUAA